AUGGAUCAGGGGUCCUAUGUUGACUCCCACCACCUUCUUCGCCGCCUGAAUAACCGUCAAAUUCAGCUGAUCGCGAUUGGUGGAUCCAUUGGUACUGGCCUCUUCGUUACGAUCGGAAGUGGUCUCCAUGCUGCGGGACCAGCUGGCCUGUUGUUGGCCUUCAUAUUCUACUGUUUCUUUGUCGCGUUGGUGAAUAAUGGUAUGGCUGAGAUGAUUACCCAGUAUCCUGUGGCUGGAGGAUUUAUCCGUCUAGCUGGCCAUUUUGUCGGUGACGCGUUUGGAUUCAUGGCUGGUUGGAACUACUUUAUCUACGAGGCGCUGGUAAUCCCGUUCGAGAUUGGUUCAAUGGCAAUCAUGAUCCAGCACUGGAAUGAGGAUGCCCCAAUAUGGGCAGUGUGCCUGGGCUGCAUCAUUCUGUACACGGUUCUCAACUCCCUCGUUGUGAAUGCAUACGGCGAGGCCGAGUUCUGGCUCUCAGGAGGUAAGGUUGUCUUGAUUAUCGCACUCUUCCUGUUCACCUUCAUUACUAUGGUUGGUGGCAACCCGAAGCAUGACGCUUAUGGCUUCCGCUAUUGGAAAAGUCCAGGACCCUUUGCUACGUACCGCUCCACUGGCAGUAUGGGUCACUGGGAAGGCUUUCUGUCUGCAACGUGGAGUGCAUCCUUCUGCGUGGUCGGUCCGGAAUACAUUUCACUUGUCGCGGCGGAGGCGAAACACCCGAGAAAAUAUCUCAAAUCAGCGUACCAGACGGUUUAUUACCGAUUCCUUUUGUUCUUUAUCCUAAGUGCGCUCGCCGUCGGUAUUGUCAUUCCAUACAAUGAUUCCACAUUAGUAAGUAUCCUGCUUGGUAGUGGAAGUGGUGGAGGUACUGCGGCUGCCUCUCCCUAUGUCAUUGCGAUGAACAACCUUGGAGUAACGGUCUUCCCACAAAUUGUCAACGCACUUCUGGUUACAUCUAUCUUUUCUGCCGGAAACUCUUACGUUUACUGCACCUCUCGGAGCCUGUACAGUAUGGCCAUCGAAGGCCGUGCGCCUGCAAUCUUCAAGAAGACCACGAAGCAAGGAGUCCCGAUUUACUGUCUAGCGGUUACCAUAGCCUUCGCCUGUCUAUCCUUCUUACAGUCAAGCCCCAAGACCGCCGAUACCCUGAGUCUACUUGUGAACCUGGUUACUGGUGGGGCAUUUAUCAACUAUUUUGUGAUGUCGAUAACCUACGUCUACUUCUACAGGGCGUUAAAAGCGCAAGGAUUUGACCGAAAGACGCUGCCUUACUACGGCUUGUUCCAGCCAUACUGCAAGUCUACCCCACCCGGCUUAUUAGGCUCUUUAAAAGAUCACAGAGCUAACAGUCGAAAAGGCGGCUAUAUCGCAAGUGUCUUCUUCCUGCUCGUCAUAGGGGCUUUCGGAUACACAGCCUUCAUGCCAUUCAGUACCAAAAACUUCUUCAGUUGUUAUACGAUGGCUCUUCUGUCAAUUUGCCUCUAUGUCGGCUGGAAGAUUAUUGGUCGACCAAGCUCCGAAGGUCCAAAGGAUAUCGAUCUUGUCUGGGAACGUCUAGAGGUCGAUGCGUAUGAGGCCACUACUACGGAAGAGGCAAAUACCUUCUGGGGUGAGAUUGCAGAGCUUCUGUACAUCAAGCGUAAGAAGAGGCCUUCUCGAAGGCAAGUCACAGUUUGA